UUGUAGAAUGGGCUAUGUUUCCCCUUCUCGCCAUAUACAAAAAAGACUACCAAAUGCAGUUAAGUUGACACAAAAAGAGAGGUGAUCUUUUAAUUUCGAACUCAACGCAUGUCUCAUGGUUGCUAUGAGUGACUUAUGCUCUCACAACGAAGCUGCAACCGACAUUGAUCUCCUAGCGCACGAAUAGCCUACAUUGAGAAAGGCUUUCAGAUAGUCAGAAAUAGGCCUAAUAGCCUAUUUUAGCAAGCUUGGAAGUGUCUACAGUCGGAAUAUUUUACUCUUUGGUGGUAGGUUUUAUAAGCUCAAGCUUUAUUCCAGACCUGGUACAGUUGUACAGUAGCCUGUUGCCUUGCGAACUUUUCUGAGAGUUAAGUAGGUGACGUGAACAGUUUUUAUAUUAUUUACGCAUUGUGUGUGCAUUCGUAUGUUUGCUAAUGAACAUCUGGGGAAAACUGCCGUCCUUUUACUGCAGACGGCAGUUGAAUUUACUGCAGUGUCCCCUGGUGUAGUAUCUCAAACGUCAUCAAAAUGAUGAGCCUGAAGUACCAAGUUUCAUUGCCCAUGGCCGCAGGGACCAUAUUCAUCGCCAUUCCUUACAGUGUCUCACUUGUAGCCCAGUGGAUGUAUGGCUGGCCAAACAAACCUGGAUAUGAAAAGUACAUCGAGGCUCUAAAGCCCAGGCGGAUAUACCGUUUAACCAGAGCAGUGUUGGAAUCGCUGAAGUAUUUUCAGUACAGCAAACUGUAUUUUCAGUGGACGUCAUGGUACAAGAACGCUGCUAACCACAAAUAUUAUGAAAAAGGUAUCUGUUUUGGUCGUCAUGGUAACAAAUUGGACCUGUACUAUUCCCCUGACACGGACCAAUCGGGUGGUGUCCCUACGCCUGUAGCUGUUUUUGUGUAUGGAGGAGCAUGGGGUUCAGGGGAGAGAGCCACAUACUGCUUGCUGGCCUUGCAGAUGGCAAAGGAGCUCAAUGCAGUGGUGGUGUGCCCUGACUAUUCCAUCUACCCAAAGGGUAAUGUUCUGGACAUGGUUCAAGAUAUUGCUGACAGCCUGGUGUGGGUGAGAGAAAAUGGCUGUAAGUUUAACCUUGACAAAGACAAUGUUAUGUUAAUUGGCCACUCGGCUGGGGCUCAUCUGUGUGCACUGACCACACUAUUUUUGGUUGAGGAGGCUAAAGAACUGGGAAUAGAGGCUGCCAAGCAGAGGGAAAUCACCUCGUCAAUCAGAGGGGUAGCAGGGCUGAGCGGCGUAUACAAUAUCACAGACCAUUAUCAGCAUGAGAAAAUGCGUGGAGUUGAGUAUGUUUCCACAAUGCACAAAGCCAUGGGUGGAGCGGAGAACUUUGAUUACUACUCCCCUGACACUUUAUUGAAGACCCUCGCUGAAGAUAAAUUGAAAAGAGUGCCUCCGUUCUGUCUGAUCCAUGGAACCAAAGACUUCAUUGUUCCCGUGGAGUCAUCUGUCAGGUUCUCUGAAGUCCUCACCUACUUCUCUGUGAAGGUGUCCCUCUACCUUCUGCCCAAAGUGGAUCACACUGAGAUUGUCACUGACCUCAUGGCCUCUGACAGGCAUUUCUACCACACUAUCUAUGGCUGCAUUAAACAGGAAUACAGUAAAUUCAUGGGGAAGUGUUGA